UUCAACGGUGUUAAGAGCUUUAUCUUAAUAAAUAUAUAUUCAAUAAUUUAAACUAAAAUGUAUCAGUUCCGAAAAUUAUUCUUUCCGCUUCAGUGUUUAUUCAUGUGACAGAUGAUAUUUAUAUUGUGUAUUUUAUAUUUAUGAUUACGAAAUCAUGGUCGAUUUGCCGGCUGCGUAUUUUUUUCCUCCAUCCCCCCUCUCGUGAAUCUCCCACGAAAAGUUUACGUUACAUUCAAAGUUCAAAGCAAAAAAUCAAAACAACUACGGUCAAUGUAGUAACAAUCAAUCAAAACAUUCCACUUGAAUACUGUCUCUUCAUUGUUUUUCGACCUCGUGACGGAAAUUAGCAUGGGAAAAAUACAUCAUUUUUACGAAAACACGGUUUAUUGCGUUCAACGUAAUAAAGACAAGUUUGAACACGUUCUGUUUAUCCGUAAUCAUCGUAAUUGAUUCACAAUAAAUGCAUACACGAUCAUGGCUCCUAGGAGAAAAAAACAUCCAGCCUUACAAAGUUCUCAAAACAAAAUUCCAUCUUCACGUCGAAGUUCUUUGCAAGUAAAUCUGAGCUUCGUAUCUAACUUGUCAGAUUCUGGACAUGGAUCUUUCAGGAGUACUCAGCCAGAGACUGACAUCUCGAUGGGUAAAAAGAGCAGAAUAAGUUUGCGAAGGUCGGCACUGCCAAAAAUAGUUGAAAAAUCAAACUGCGAAGUUAGCUCAAAGAUUCUGAUCAUGCAUGACAUAAAUGAAAAAGAGAUUGCUCUAAACGAAAGCUGCAGGCAGUUGCGAGAUGCGAUAAUGAGCAAAACUCAAGAAAUCUUUGAUGGCAAAACAGAAUUGGCUGUGAAGACUGCAACGGUACUGAAGGGAAAGAGACACGCAUUGAAGGAAAUAAAUAAAAAUUCAAGGACAACUGGUAUGGAAAAAAAAAUAAACUCAUUGUGCAAAAUCCACAGUUCUGGCUCCAAGAGACACUUUGUGGAAGAUUCAAAUAGAAAGAAUUUUCAAUCGAAUAUCUCAAAAAUCAAUGAGAGCUCUAUACUUGGAGGAAAUGUUAAAUCCUGUGAGAAUAUUCUGUCAAAAAUAAAGGAAAAAGUUUUGAAGGUCCAAUUAACUCGGAUGACAGAUCCGAGGUUAGACGUAUCAAUAGAUUCCACUAUUUCAGACAUAGGACCACCUGUCAUGUGUUCUUCCUUCAUGUCAGGUCAUGGAAAUUUUGACAAUCAGUUGUCUCAACCAAAUGAAAAAGAAUCAACGGCGAUGAAAGCAAACACCAGUAGAGAAGAAACUACUCGAUAUAUCGGCAAUUCUUCGUUCACGCCGAUGGAAAUAACCGCAUUUCAGGUUCCUGUUGCUUCCACGUCGAAGCGAACGUCAUUGAGCUUGAAGGCUCGAAGUAAUGUUUCAAAGAAGCAGGAGAAAGGUUUAGAAGAUCGUAGCUUCUUUGAGGUGAUUCCUAUGGAAUUAACAGAUGUACAGGGUCACAUUCCUCUUAAUCAAUUGUCAAGAACCAAUCGAAGUAUUCGUACUUCCUUGAAUGUGAGUCCGUCUACGAGUUUAUUGUCUCAUGAACCAGAAACCAAAGGAUCGGAAGAAUCUCCAAGAAUAUCUAAGGAAGCUUCACUUGAAACUAAAGAAAUUGAAAGAGAUUCACCAAAUGAUCAUGUUGCUGAAGUUUCGUUGAAGGUCAACACGUCUCUGGAAUCUCAUGAACAAACGUCAUCGACCAAAGAAACGAAUUCUUCGUGCGAGGAGUCCGAUGCUUCGAAUCCAGAAAAUAAGGGAAGAAAAAGAACGAUCAUCAGUGACAGUGAUUCUAAUUCGACCGAAAAUAUGUCGCUGGCUGCUAGAUUGAGAAAUAUCUCCAGCAAAAAUUCACUAAAUAAUCGAUCGCACGAAGAAGGCCCUAGUUUUGUUGAAGGUACUCCUUAUCCACCCAGUAGAUCGAUUUUGUGGAAAACUCAAAUCAGAUCAAAAACUAUAAGGAAGAAAAAUGGGGCUUGGUUGAGGGAACAGUUCACGAAAACGAUAGCAGAAUGUACCAAAAAAUCUUCAGAUUUUGACUCAUCGGAUAGCAGUCCUGAGUACCAAACGGCACCGACCAAUACCAUAAUCCUCGGUCUCGGUGAUUCGCCAUGCAGGGUAACUUGCAAUACGGAAAACCCUCGAAUAAUCGAGGACUCGUCCGGAGAAGACGAAACGUCGGAGAGAUCAAACACCAACGAAAGAUCAAAGGGGCCAAACGCGAGUGUAGCUUCAACCGUCCCCGGUCCAAACGAAACAGUUCUCAACAAUUCGAAUAACGCGACGCAAGGAAAUUCAGUGAUGAAAAAAAAAAAAUUACUACCGCUUCAAGACAAUUUCGCGAUCGUUUCCUUCAGUCCCGUGUCACCUGCAGAGCCGUCUCCAAAAAAACCGGUGGUCUGGAAGCCGCGGAAGCGUUUUCGAAAUCGGAAGGAUGCUCGCGCCGUUGCGGAAAAACGAAUAGAAUCUUUAAUUAGAGAGAACGAGGACGAGGACGACGAGCCAACGUGUUCAAACGUUCGUGAUACCCAAACACAGAAGGGAAAGUCAAGGAUGAGAAAACCACGCAAAGUAAUCAGCAAAAAAAUCGUCGUGGAAAAAAUUGCUGAUCGAGAACUGAUGGAACGUUUAAAUAAAAAAAAAAACAGUCAAUCCACCACGAAUGACUCGCGAAGUUCUGUGAAUGAGUUUUUGGAAAAAAAGAAAUUAUCCGUGGCCGGACGAAUUUCUAAGUCGCAAAAACUCAUUAUAGUCGCAACCGGAUUUUCGAAAGGGGAUGUGGAUUUAGUAAAGAGUGUGAUCAAGGAACUCGGCGGUGCGGAGAUAAAUUCGACAGUUAAUAGUCGAACGACCCAUGUAGUCAGUACAGGUGUAAGGACGAUCAAUCUUUUGCGAGGAAUAAUUCGAGGAUGCUGGCUGGUCAAUCUGGAUUGGGUUUUACAGUCAUUAGAAAAAAGGCAAUGGCUCAAUGCAGAAACUUAUGAAAUGGUUCAUUUUUCAAAAGCUGUGCAGGAAAAUCGUCGAGAUCGACAGAUUUUUGGUAAAGCUUACGUUCCCGAAUUAUUUACGACCUGCGGACCCAUUCACAUUGAACACGGAACUUCUCCACCUCCCAAUAUUCUCAAGGAAUUGGUCAAAACGGCGGGAGGAAGAAUAGCCGAGAAUGUGAGUGAAUCGAAACUGACCAUCGGGGCAAACGGUCUGCGAGAAAUCUGGAUUUUGGAUUCCAUCACGACCGGAGAUUUACAGCCAGUGGAAGAAUAUCAACGAAAAUGAUGCUAUAGCUAUAGAAAUAUGGAAUAAAACUAUCAACGAAAGAGGCAAAUGUAUAUAUUUUCAAGGUAUACAAAAUACGAAUGUGGAAAAAAGUACGAUUUAUUUAUUUAUUUGCAGUGUCGUUAGACAGAAAAUAUAAAUUUAUUUUGAUAUCGUA